CAGUGGAGCUUCCAGUUCGUGGUCGAGCCCAUCAUCUCGAUCCCGGGCCUGGCGGGCAACAUCCUUAGCUUGAUCGUAAUCUGUCAGCAGGGCCUUCACAAAAGCUCCAACAUCCUUCUCGUCUCGCUGUCCAUCUCCGACAUCUCACACCUCCUGUGCAUCAACAAUAUUCCUUACUUCUUGUACUACAGUCAAGGCUCCUACUUCGUCUACUCUCCGGACGUCAACAUUGCGCUGUACCACUUAACGAAAUUAUCAGAGUUCUUUAUUACCGUGGGAAAGCUGAUGUCUUUGACGCUGAUUGUUCUGAUCACAACGGAGAGACUGAUAGCGAUAUUCCUGCCCCUGAAGUUCAGCACGAUCGUGACGCCAUGGCGCACCUUGGUGUCUGUGUGCUGCCUUCUCGUCCUCCUCGCCACCAUCACGGCGUACUUCAUGUUCUACACGCAGCUCAUCCAGGGCCCGCUCAGAGCGCGCAUCUACGUCUCGAAACUCUAUUACGCCGACAAGAGAGCGAACGUGUACGACACCCUUCAGGAAUUCACCAACAACAUCACGGGCAUAGUUCCGCUGUGCUACGUUUCGGUCGGGUGCGCAUUGAUCGGGGUCAAGGUCAAGAUGGCGUCACGAAAGCGUCUAGCGAUGACUUCCAGUUCAGUUUACGUUAAAACUCCAGAUGACAAUACAACAGACCUGCUCAAAUCCCGAGCGGGUCGCUCCAUGACGAAAACCACACGGACUCUAUUGUCAGUUUGCGUUCUCUAUAUCAUCUGUGGUGGGGUCUCCUACCUACUACGGUACGUGAACAUUGCGUUUGGGGAGUAUGAGAGCAUGAGGCUGGUCCUUCAAGAGGUCAACAAGACGGCAAUGCUCAUCAACAGCGCCGCCAAUUUCGUCAUAUACGUGGUCACAAACAGAAAUUUCCGAAACGGGUUUUUACAGAUCUUCUCCUGUUGCAGGCAGACCAAGACAAUUUUACCGUAG